AUGAUAAACAAAGCUCAUCAGAACCUCAUUCCAGCUCCAGGGAGGGUAGUGCUGGUGAGGCAAAGAAAUAUGUUUGCAUCACAAAAAGGUGGAUGGGAUUGGUGGAAGAUUGAACCCAAACACUCUGCUACAGUUCUCUUUGGAAACUGGCUGGAGAAGAGGACAAGCCUGCCACUGCAGCAUUUCUUCACCCAUCACAAGGAACAAAGAAGCCAAAAUUUAGUAUUGGAGUAUGGCAAUAACUGCAGUAAACAUGGUUACACUGUGCUGCCUCCCCUCCAGAGCUGAAGUGGAUGCAGGUUGGCCUGGAUUCCUCAGAAGUCAGAUUUCCCCAUUCUCAGUAGUUUUUGGAAUUAUUAA